CGAGAAGUUAAACUGCUACCACCAUGAGCUUCUCGGCUCAAGAGACAGAUCCAGACACGUUACCUCUUCCAAUCACCGUGAACAGCGAGUUUACUCUGGUAGAAGACGUCUACGAAGAGCUCUUCCAGUUAUACUCGGAAAGCGAUCAGUCCUUAUGGAAACACAAUCACGCUGUCAAGCAGAAAGAGGGAAUGGUGGAGAUUGAAGUCGAAAAUGUCAAGGGCCACCGGCCACUUCAAUUCACAGUAAUGCAAAAUCAGUCACUCCUAUCUAAGCGCGGCAUUACUGGCAGUGUGCUGUGGGACAGCUCCAUCAUGCUAUCCAACAUGUUCACACUACACCAACAGUUCUUCGGUCUAAACCCAGCUGAAACCAAGGUCCUGGAGCUGGGCUCAGGAUGCGGUCUAUUGGGAAUAACGCUGGCCUCGUUGGUGAAGCAAGUUAUCCUCACUGAUCAAUACGAAAUGCUUCCUCAGCUGGUCAAGAACAUUCGGCGCAAUCUAGGCGAUAAAUCCAAUACUGAAGUGGCCGAACUGCUCUGGGGAGACACCAUCUCCAAAGAUUUGCGAAAGGAGAUUGUGGACUGGGUGGUGGCCAGUGACUGUGUGUAUCACGAAUCACUGACAGGAAAGCUGGUGAAGACAUUGUCGGAUAUUUGCCAGUUCAGUGAUACAAACAAGAUACAAAGAUUCCAGGAAACCGGUGUCAAGGCGACGCGGACGUGUUUCGUGCUAGGGCAAGAGCUUCGUUCUGACACAGUCCAUCUCGAAUUCCUCACGUCACUGCACGAACAAUUCAUGGUAUACCGAGUACCGACAUCAUUCAUCCUGGAUGACUUUCAGAAUGGAUACUGUAUUUACUUUGGUUAUCUUCGGUAGUGACAUGCUUUUUCGAUAGCCCUCAGCCCGAAACUUACUUCCACCCUACCCUAAAUGCAUGCAUUUUGAGCUUAAUUUCUUUCGCACUCAUUAUAAUAAGAAGAAGGAUGCAAGACUU